AUAGACUUCAAUACAUAUCUGAGUGUGACAUGAAAUUAGUGGAAUCAAAAGUUCUUCACUGAAUCCUUGUUUACAUUGACAACAGGCUUCACACCUCAACUAUUUGAAUUUGGUGAUAUGUGCAUCUUUUACGCAUGUGGAUAUACUUUAAGCUUUUAAGAGUAUUUCGAAUUUAUGUGUUAGUAAUAGAAAAUAUUCCGCGUGUUAAAGAGAGUGGGAAAAAGCCCGUAGUUCUCCCUUGUAAACCACGCACCUACACUAGUCAGUGAUAUAUAUACACCGCUAAUCAGUGGGAUAUCGGGAUAUAUACACCAUUAGUCAGUGGGAUAUUGGGAUAUAUACACCACUAGUCAGUGGGAUAUCGGGAUAUAUUCAGAACAGAGGAUGAUUUGAAAACCCCGGAUGUAUGAUUUACUUUUACGGCAAUGCUGUUAGACGGGUGUUAACAGCCCCCCUCCCUCCUCCCUGAAUGGCGACGAUUUGAGACUUCACCAUGGGAUGUACGUCCAGCAUGUCAAGGAAGAAUUCCGCAGUCAGCACCUUCCGCCUCAUUCUGGUCGGACUGGACGGCGCAGGUAAAACUUCCCUUUUGUAUAAAUUAUCAAUUGGUGAUUUCGUGGAAACCAAACCCACAAUGGGUUUCAACGUGGAGACGAUUAACUACAACAACCACACCAUCACUCUCUGGGACAUGGGAGGAACACCGAGCAUACGAAAACUGUGGAAACACUACUACCUCAACUGUCACGGUAUGCUUUUUGUCAUUGACGGCUCCGCUCGUGACCGCCUUCAAGAUGCAGACGAUCUUCUGACGUCACUACUGAUGGAGAAGGAAUUGCAUGGCGUUCCAAUGGUGUUUGUUGCCAAUAAAAAAGACGUAGAAGGAGCACUAUCAGAAAAAGAUGUGAUUGAAUACUUUUCGUUAAAUGAAAUCUCCAACCGACUGUGUACAGUUCAGGGAACCAGCGCCCUGACUGGCGAGGGGAUUGAUAAAGCCCUGGACAACAUGAUCAGCUUCAGGAGGCAUAUAGAGAGGCUGCAAGCAUAACAUGUGACCGACACAAAAUACCCCGGGGAUCUGUGGCCGCCAAACCAAGGUCUCCCUGUAUCUAAAGAGAGAAAUAUAAAAUCCUGAGCGGUCAUCAUACGGUUUGAUUGACCGGACAUUACAUUUAUAUUGACCGGUCAUAACAUUUUGAUUGACCAGAGACUAGCGGAGAACGAUUAAGAUUUAGACGAGUGCGACAUGGAAGUCACGUGCUUACAUACUACAUAACUGACACGUGACGCCAGUGACGGUGAUUGCAGUUUCUAAUUCAAACAGUAUAUUUAUUCAAUACAUUAAUGGACUCUCAUUUCUCUCAAGACAUUCCAGCCUCUGAUUAAUUCAGCGUACGGUUGUUUACUCGACCCUUUCACCAGUUAAUGAAGUAGAAACAGCUCUUUCCCAACCGGAAGUAUGCUAUUGAUGCAAAAAUAAAACGAAGAAUAAG